UGUUAUUGGAUUCUUGGCCUACCAUAUAAAUUGACUAUCAACCACAGACCAGUUCUGCAAGUUUGUGAUCAGAAACUGAUUACAUAUCCAUGGAGCCAAGAAGACAGUGCAGCAAGGGAUUCUACAGUCUAAUUGUAUGCACAGCCCUUCACAUUACCACAUUGUUUUCUCCAAUUGAGGCCAGAUUUUCUGUGACUUCGAUCAAAGAUUUGCUGAAGAACAUGAGAGAAUCAAACCAUUUGGAGAUUAAACCUCCAUUGAAUCGCAUGAAUGAUGAACUAUGUGGUGCAAUCUCUCCAGUCUCUUUCCCUCCUCUUGAAUCGCUACCACCACUACCCCAAAGCAACAAUGCUCUGCUUUGUACGAACACGCCCCCAAUUCCAGAACCACCGUAUGGGCCUAUGCCAUCUCCCAAUAACCCAUUAACAAGCCCACCUCUGGGAAAGCCCAAUAGCCCACCCUGGUUUUCAUUUCCUCCUAUUCCAAGCCCACCGAAGCCUGUUCGGAGCCCGCCCAUAUAUCAACCACCACCAGGUCCGCCACAUAAGCAACCGGAGUCCGGUGUUUGGUGUGUUGCUAAGCCAUCAGUUCCGGAUCCAAUAGUUCAGGAAGCCAUGGACUAUGCAUGUGGGACGGGUGCGGAUUGCAAACUGAUUCAGCCCAGUGGGCCUUGCUUUAAGCCCAAUACUGUAGUUGCUCAUGCAUCUUAUGCUUUCAAUAGUUACUGGCAGAAGACGAAGAAUGGUGGAGGAACCUGUGAUUUUGGUGGCACUGCGAUGCUUGUCACAGUAGAUCCAAGCUCUAAUGGGUGUCCAUUUGCCUACAAUAAUUGAUCAAUACUGAAGACCUACAGCUCAAUUUGGAGACAUGCCAUUCUUCCUGAAUUUUGCGGCCAGAUAUUAAUUACUAAUAACACUCAGGCUAUAAAUAUAUAGUGGGUGGGCCGGUGGGGGAGGGGGCAUGAUUUGGGAAGGACGACAUGUAUAAAUUAAACCAUUAUUUUUCUUUAGAAUAUAUAAUCAU